GGGACAAACAGCAGAUCGGAACAGUUCAGAGCCGGACUGAAGCCUGAUGGAGGUCAGACCGUCCCCGUGCAGCCGAGAGGAAAACAUGUGAUGUGGAUCCUCUCGGAUGUUCCGACAACAGAAGUGAGAAGAGACAGAAGUUCAGACUUUUGUCCUGCAAACUGCUCGAGUCGCGUUAAACCAACUUUGUGAAGCUGCUUUGAGUCGAGUCUGAAGUGAGAGAGAUGACCGAGGCGGAGAGGAGCGAGGGCAUUCCUGCAGAGUCUGCAGAGUCUGCAGGAAAAGGAAAGGGACUCCCCAACGGAGGGAACCCUGCGAAAAGCAAAGAGGACUUCGACCUGGCUUCCAUCUACGUGUCAGACGCUCAGUACAACAGGAACAUCUUCUUUGACACGUCGCCUCAGGCCGUGAGACUGUAUCUGCGCUACAACCAUUGGCUCCCUCAGGUGCUCCUCUACUUCUUUAUCCUGGUCGAUCUGUCUCUGGCCCUCUUCGAGGACCCACCCGUCUUCCCUCUGCCGAUUUGGGCCACCAUGUUGGUGGAGCUGCUCUGUCUGCUCGUCUUCACCAUCCGACUCGUUCACUACGCCAAAGUGAUCCCUCGAGACAAGUUCUGGAAAGACCCCAAAAACAUCUGCAUCAUUGUCAUACUUGCGCUCACUCUGGUCGAUAUGAUCAUCUACGGAGCUCUGAAAGCUGCAAACUGUUACGCCGUCCGCUGGUCCAGAGUCCUUCGGCCGCUGCUAUUGGUCAACGUCACAGAGGGCCGGCAGCUCCGCAGAGCGUUCAGAAGCAUCCGGAACGCCCUGCCUCAGAUCUUCUACGUCUUCCUGCUCUUCAUGUUCAGCCUCCUCAUCUUCUCCCUCAUGGCUCUGAAGCUGUUGGGCAAACGAGGUCUGAAGACCAUCGGCGGAGCUCCGUACUUCACCAACUACCUGGAGAUCGUGUUCGACCUGUACGUCCUCGUCACCACGGCCAACAGCCCCGACGUCAUGAUGCCGGCCUACAACGCCAGCUUCGUCUUCGCCAUCUUCUUCAUCUUGUACAUCCUCAUCAACACCUACAUCUUCAUGUCCGUCUUCCUGGCCGUCGUCUACAACAACUACAAGAAGUACCUGAAGGAGGAGGUACGGCAGCUGGUGAGGGCCAAAAGGCACAAGAUGGUGCGAGCGUUCGCCGUGCUGCAGGAGCAGAGGGAGGAGGGCGGGGAGCCGGUGGUGACUCAGGCCAACUGGAACCAGCUGGUCCGACUGGUGCAGCCCGACAUCAGCAACGCCCACAGAGAGCUGCUGUGGAGCGUCUGCGACGACACGAGCCGGGGCUGCAUCGGAAAGGUGGCGUUCGUCCAGCUGGCCGACCUCCUGAACAUCGAGGUGAUCACACUCAAGUCAAGACCGCACCCUCUCCACAGCGUGUGCCCCGCCCUCUACCUGUCGGCCCCCAGCCGCCUCCUCUGCCGAUUGGUCCAGCACCGGGCCUUCGUGAUCGUGUACGAUCUGAUCAUCCUGGUGAACGCCGUGUUCAUCGGUCUGGACGAGGAGAACCCGAUGAUCGCCCACUCUGAGUGGGUUUUCCUGGCUCUGUACCUGCUGGAGAUCCUGCUGAAGCUCUACGUGUUCGAGCCCAGAGCUUUCUUCUCCAGGCACAGCUUCUGGAACUGCUUGUCCACGUCGCAGAUUAUAAGUACGAGGUUCGACACCAUCAUCGUCAUCUCUGCUCUCAUCGCCACAAUCAUCAACUCCGCCAUGAAGUCAUCGGGGGGUUACACCAGCCGUCAGAUCCUAGACAUCGUCUUCAUCCUGCGAGUCCUCAGACUGAUCCGGGUGGUGGACAGCAUCAAAAGGUUUCGUACGAUCAUCAACACCCUGAUCAGGAUUGGACCGGCGAUCCUCACAUUUGGACAGCUGAUCAUCGUGGUGUACUACAUCUUUGCCAUGGUGGGGAUGGAGCUGUUCAAAGGGAAGGUGAAGUUCUACGAGGAGGGCUCCACGGACCCGGAGAAGGUGUACUGUGGAAACCCUCUGCUGAAAGGGACAGACUUCGCGCAGCUCAACUACUGCAAGAACAACUUCAACAACGUGGUGUCCUCCUUCAUCCUGCUGGUGGAGCUCACCGUGGUCAACCAAUGGCACGUGCUCAGCAGCGGCUUCGCCUCCGUCACUCACGUGUCGGCCAGGAUCUUCUUCGUCCUCUUCCACAUCUUGGUCGUCAUCGUCAUCAUCAAUAUCUUCGUGGCGUUCGUCCUCGAGGCGUUCUUCGUGGAGUACUCGGUGGACAAGAGUGACCUGCAGACGUCUCUGGAGAGGAAGAUCGAGGAGCUGGAGCUGGCUGUGGCACAGGAGAAUCUGGAGGAUAACUUGGUGAACGCCAUGGAAACCAUGGACAACGACCAGGGAAACGGCCAAUCGGCAAACAACAGACCUGCGCUGAUGUUUAAGAUCGCUUCAAAACGGUAUCGAACGGUGGACGCGCUGCUGCAGCGGAUGUUUGAGGCCGAUCUCGACCCCGAAGACUUCGCUGAGAACGACGACCCCGAAGCUCAGUCCGGCGGGAACUUUGCAAACCCGACAUUCAGCUCAGCGUAAUCAUUCCUAUACGAACACAUGAAGGGAACCAGAGUCCACCACCCCCAUCACCCCCAUCACCCCCAUCAGUCCCAUCACCCCCAUCACCCCCAUCAGUCCCAUCACCCCCAUCACCCCCAUCACCCCCAUCACUCCCAUCACCCCCAUCACUCCCAUUAUUCCCAUUAUUCCCAUCACUCCCACCCAGGUUUUCUAGUCAGAAAUGUUUCAGCCUGUUUGAUUUGUGUGUUUCUGUCCUGCAGCUUCUGCACAAACACAAAGGAAAUCAGUAUUUUCACAUGAAGAAUAUUUUCAUCUGUUUUUCUCGUCAUGUUUUCUGUUUCACAGGAAAAUCAAACAGCAGGAAACAUUCAGAACGUGUUUUAUAAUUCAAAUAUUCAGAAAGUUUAUAUUGUGUAGUUAAUGCAUCUGUGCUUAUCUUCACGUCUGUUUCUGAGAGACGGAACAAUCACAGAGAGAAACACGAUGAGAAUGUUUGUAAAGGAAAUAAAUUUAAGAGCGUUCAUAUUUUGUCAAUAAAAUGGUGAAAACAAAAGAAAACAAACA